AUGGAGAAUAGGAGACGACAGAGCGGUGUGGCUUCACAACGAAGAGCGCUGCACAGCGGCGGCGCUUGGAGGCGGUCUUUGAUCGAGGGAAUGGACAACAAGAAGGAAGUAGCCUGGUACCAGGGGAAAAGAAUGGCGUACAUUUACAAGGCUAAGGUGAAGCAGAAUGGGACUCACUAUUGGUGCAUUUGGGGUAAAGUGAUUCGUCCCCAUGGAAACUCUGAUGUUGUUCGUGCUAAGUUCAAAUCCAACGUGUCCCCAAGUCCAUGGGAGCACGAGUUUGCAUCUUCAUGUACCCUAACAACAUUUGAAGCACUUUAA